AUGUGGGCAUACGGACUGCUACUGAGGCGGGGGAAACCGACGCCCCCGGCGGGGGAAACCGACGCCCCCGGCGGGGGAAACCGACGCCCCCGGCGGGGGAAACCGACGCCCCCGGCGGGGGAAACCGACGCCCCCGGCGGGGGAAACCGACGCCCCCGGCGGGGGAAACCGACGCCCCCGGCGGGGGAAACCGACGCCCCCGGCGGGGGAAACCGACGCCCCCGGCGGGGGAAACCGACGCCCCCGGCGGGGGAAACCGACGCCCCCGGCGGGGGAAACCGACGCCCCCGGCGGGGGAAACCGACGCCCCCGGCGGGGGAAACCGACGCCCCCGGCGGGGGAAACCGACGCCCCCGGCGGGGGAAACCGACGCCCCCGGCGGGGGAAACCGACGCCCCCGGCGGGGGAAACCGACGCCCCCGGCGGGGGAAACCGACGCCCCCGGCGGGGGAAACCGACGCCCCCGGCGGGGGAAACCGACAAUCGCUGCCAUAUACAGCCACUGUCACAGAGAAGGACAAAGGUGCCCACAAAAAGCAAGGCAACAUUGGUGUUUGGAGGCUGGUGUAA